CACGGAGACGGAGCCUGUCCAUUGUACGAGCCGUUCUGAAAGAGUGCCGCGAUUGUUGAGUCGCAGUCUGAUAAAUCUGUGGUUUCUACCGAAGUUUUUUUUCCCGUUUGACGUAACCGGUUGCCGUGUUCGAGUUCGUGACUGCAUGCGAUCGUUGUGGUAUGUGAAUUUUAGCGGGUCGUUUACAAGGGGGGGGGACACCGGUGACGGUCUCACCAUAGGAAUUUGUCGGGUAACAGCCACCUUGCGGUCUUGCUAGCACUCGGGCUAGCCGAGGCUAAACACCGUUGUGCGAAUCCGACGGGGGAUCCGGGGAUCUUCGGGGGUAGCAUGUAUCUAACCAGAGGGCAUCACCUUUAAAAAUUAACUCACCGGUGCCCAAAUUAGCACGGGGACUAUUAGCUCGUGAACUAGCCACUUAGCACAGUCAGCUAGCUAACGCUACCGGAUUGUCUUUCACAAAAGGGCAACCCGUCAACAACAGAUUUGUUAGCCAUACUAAAGCUGUUUUAUUUAGUUUUUUUUUUAGUCCUUUUUCAUCUAUUUUUCUCCCGCACGAAGAUAACGGCAAUAGAACAGAAUGAAUGGAUUUAGCACCGAAGAAGACAGCCACGAUGGACCGCAGCCUCUGCCGUUUUACGGCCAGAGCUGCUGCCUGAUCGAGGACGGGGAGCGUUGCGGCCGGUCAGCUGGAAACGCCUCCUUCAGCAAGAGGAUCCAGAAGAGCAUCUCACAGAAGAAGCUCAAGCUCGACAUCGACAAAAGCGUGAGACACCUCUAUAUCUGCGACUUCCACAAGAACUUCAUCCAGAGCGUCCGCAACAAGAGGAAGCGGAAGACCAGCGACGACGGAGGAGAUUCCCCGGAUCAUGACGUGGAGGUGCCCGAGGUUGACCUCUUCCAGCUGCAGGUGAACACGUUGAGACGCUACAAGCGACACUACAAGCUGCAGACCAGACCCGGACUCAACAAGGCCCAGCUGGCAGAGACUGUGAGUCGUCACUUCAGAAACAUCCCGGUGAACGAGAAGGAGACGCUGACCUACUUUAUUUACAUGGUGAAGAGCAGCAAGAGCCGCUUGGACCAGAAAGGCGACGGCGGCAAACCGCUGGACUGAACUCCUCAGCAGCCGCAACCAAACCCCCCCCCCAUGAAAAGCCUGUGGAGGACCAGGACUCACUCCGUGAUGUAAACUGUCGAUAUGUACAAAGAGAACAGCGUCGGAUAACUUUCGUAAGUUGGUUGAAUGCGAUGUACGAUAAAGCUGCCUUAAAAGCGAAAAGAAACUUGGUAAUUUGGAGUAAUUAUUCUUUGCAUUUUUUUUUUUCUUCUGUCAAAGGAAUGCUUGUGCCAAACAAGUGUGGAGUUGAAUGAUGAGAGUGGGAUUGUCUUUUGUCGUUGGUCAUUCUGAAUGUUUGAGUUGUUGGAAAGGGGCGUGGCCUUUUCGCCAAAGUUGCGUUCUGAAUAUCGGAGCUCCAAGUCGCUUCCAAUGCCACCCAACUCUCGUAAAAACCUCCAUUUUCACUAAUCGAAUAAAGGCAGACCUCGGCCCUGAUAUUUAACCCUUUUCCACUGGACGCGGUGCGUUGGAGGACCCAUGGGGGGGGACCCAUGGGUCCUCCAACGGGGGGGGAAAACAUUGCAUUUUGCUUUGAGUCCCCUCUUCUGUAUGUUUGAACACACUUUCAUUUCAUUUAUUCUCCCCCCACCUUCACUUUAUAGUUUGGAAAUUGAUUUUAAAUUCAUUUUCUGAAGGGGAGCUUCUGUGUCUGAUCAGGCUGUGAGAUUAUUAGCAUCAUUUUAACAUUUACGAGCUGUGUUUAUAAUGGACAACGUCUUGAUUUAAUUCUUUUCACACCUGGAUUGUGUUUUUUCUGUUUGUAGCUUUUGAAUCAUUUAAAUUUAGACAAUUAUGAAUAUCUGCCUGCAGAAAUCUCAAUGUCAUCACCAAGAAGAUGGCGGAGUUGUUAAAAACAAGUGUUUACCUGCUGUUGAGAUAAUCGGCUCCCUCCUUCUGACACACCUGCAUGUUGACCUUGAAGCGCUCUGACUGCACUUUGGCGAUUGUCUUAAAGAAUGUGUCCAAGCAACCGAUGGAAUUAGUGAGUGAAAUGAAUGAGAACUGAAUGGGGGAGGAAAUGGGUCUUAUGUUUCCACGAUUUAAGCCCUGAUGGGGAAAGUAGCACUUUGGCCUUUUGGAUAGAGUAAAGCAUUGAUGAUGAUGAUGAUGAUACCAACGCCGCUGAAAUCCUACAUGUUUAUUUCACCUCUUUAAGCACUGCUGGAACAUCCAGGCAAUGAACAACUUACGGCUCUUCAACGCGUAUUGAAUUGUUAGUUUUUGUUUUCCUUCAUUGUGGUGACUACCCAGUCUAUCCUCUUGUCACGUCUUAUUUAAGUUUGCCCACCAUUCGAUGCUCUCUACUUUCAGCAGGGAACUCUCCUUUUUUAGUUUUGUUUUUUUUAAGUGUAUGAUGUAUUUUCAGUUUUGCUUGUAGGUUUUAUUUUUAGCGUCCUGUAGAUAACACCCAUCUUUAACAUAUAGGCCACACCACCUUAACGUAAUUGUAUUAGAAGAAGAAAAACUAUUUAAAUAUGGCUGCUUAUUGCUCCUGAUGAUGUUCAUAAUAAAUGUAUUGUACAGAAAGAA